AUGAGCGACGCCAAAGCUUUGAAAAUCCUGUUCAAGAGUCCCGUCACGGAGUCGAUGCUCCGGUUUCUGACCAACACCACGCUCAAAGUGAUACCGUGCCCGAAAGAAACGGCUUAUCCAUCACCGCCUACAAGUCCCACGGGUCACCACAACAAACGCAGCGGCACGGCCACGCCGUCGCUGCCCUCGCUGAUGACGUUCAUUGCGCGGCUGGUCCGCCAUACACACGUGUACACGUCGACGCUUUUGACCGCGGCGUGCUACCUGGCGAAACUGAAGAAGAUCCUGCCGCGGGACGCACACGGGCUGCCCUCGACCGCGCACCGGAUCUUUCUCGCCUGCGUGAUCCUCAGUGCCAAAUGCCACAACGAUUCGUCGCCCCAGAACAAGCACUGGGCCGCUUACACAGAGGGCCUGUUCACGGUCGAAGACGUCAACCUUAUGGAACGGCAACUGCUGCAACUACUCAGCUGGAACACGCGCGUCACAGAGCAGGAUCUCUACGACGCGCUCGCCACGUUGCUGGAGCCCAUCAAGUACGAUCUCGAACGUACGCGCAAACUCGUGUCCCGGAGUCACUACCACCAGCGCAACGUGAGCGCGUGCUCGAGCACGAGCACGCUGGUCGGGUCUCCCAGUGCGUACGCACUGCACGCGUCGCCCGCGAAACUGGCACAGGCGUACCCACAGGGGCCGGCUUACACAACACUAGACAUGAACUACAUAUGA